AUGAUUGGCCCAAGUCCCACGAAGCGAUCCAGAAUCGAAGUCGGCUCAACGCUCAAGGAGAAGCCAGCUACACAACUUUCACAAUCAACACGAAAUACAGUUGACAUCUCUAGAAGGUAUGUUGGAUAUUCGAAGAAGGUAUCUAUUCCGAGCAGGGACUUUACAUCUUCACAGCCGAUUUCUACCAAAGCUAAUCACUUUAACGAGCGUCGAAAGUCACACAAAGGACCAUCUUCGUGGAAUGCGCGUGAGGAGGAAGAUGAGGAUUACGAAAUGGAAGAUGAUGGUGAAUACGAUUCCACAGACCAAACUUGUGGUCUUCCAAUUUAA